GCUGGGUUAAUAGCGCUAUUUGACAAUCUCCUCCCAUUUGCUUAAUCGCUCUUUCUCUCUCUCAUUUUCAUUUCUUCGCUCUCUAUCAAAAUGGGUCGCCGUAGCUCAGGAGGAAGAUCUGCUCCCCGCCCUCGUCCUGCUGCUGCACGCAGCCCAGCUCCUCAACCUGUAAACCGUGCACCUCCCCCAGCUCCAGUUCCGGCCAGCGGUGGUGGUGGUGGCAUGUUCUCAGGCAUUGGUUCUACCAUUGCUCAGGGUAUGGCUUUUGGUACUGGAAGUGCAGUUGCGCACAGGGCUGUUGAUUCUGUGAUGGGACCACGAACCAUUCAACAUGAAGCUGUUGAGGCUGCCUCUGCAUCUGCUGCCCCUGCUGGAAGCAACAUGUUUUCUAGUUCCUGUGACAUUCACGCUAAGGCUUUCCAAGAUUGCAUCAGCAGCUAUGGAGCCGAGAUUAGCAAAUGCCAGUUCUACAUGGACAUGUUGUCAGAGUGCAGGAAGAACUCCGGUUCCGUGAUUGGUGCCUAAGUGUUUCAUUUCUUAUUUGUUUUAUCUAAAAAUUUAUCCAGCUGUGAUGUUGCUGAGAAUUUGGGGUUUUAUCAAAUAAUAUUUUGUUUCCAAAACCAGAAACUGCAUAUGUUUGAAGUCUUAUUAAGGGUAAUCUGUUUGUAAGACUUGGGUUCCUUCCCAUUCUAAUCAAAUAAUGCAAGGUUGAUGUCUU